UACCUUCUGUCAUUCCACAAAGAAGCUCUUGGGUCUCCGCUUGAAGAUUUCUGUUUUAGAAAAUAAUUUUGUGAGUUCCGCUAGUACGAUUUGCAUACGUGUGCGUCAGAGACUCUUAAUUUGGAGUGGAGAGUAACCUACACGUUAAGGAGAGAUUCCUGAGAAGAACCCCCAAUCAGCUGCAUCAAGGCAUAAUAUGCAAAUAUGGAUUUCCACAUACUGAUCGUCAUUGGUUGUGUGAUCAGCGCCUCCCUGCUCUCCUUCCUGUUCAUCAACAAGAUCUUCAGGCGCAAGACCUUCGAGGAGGUCGUGGCCGAGAAGCGCGCGUUGAGUGCCAAUUUGUACAAGGCCGGCGGAGGAGCAGCGGCCAGCAAGAAGCCCAAGAAGAAGGAACUGAAGCGUGAGAAGAAGCAGCGCCAAAGGGAACAGCAGCGGGAUGCCAGCCAUGAUCCCGAGGAGGAUUACUCCGAUGGCCAGUCCGAGGAGCAGGGUUCGGUCGAGGAGGAGCCCGGCCUGUCCAAGCAGCACGUGGAAUUCGAGCCCGAUGCAGAGAUCAUGCACGACCAGCGUAGGUCAAGCAAUGCGGCCGAAAAGGAGAACGUCCCUGUAGGAAAGAAGGGCAAGAAGGACAAGCGGAAUGCUGGCAAGGGUGGAGGAGCAGCAGCAGCAGCCGCCGCCGCCGCAUCUGUGGCUGGCAUUUUGGUCAACAAAAACGAGCCGGUGGCCGUCAAGCCCGCUACCGUCGAGGAGACUCCUACUUUGAAUAAUUUUGAGGUACGGGCUCCCAAGGACGUGGUCGAGCUAAAGAAGCAGGAGCAAAAGGAACGCAAAGAGGACAACAACAACAAGCAGCAGGCCCAGAAGAAGAACGCAGCCGGCAGUGUUGCCAAAAAGGAGAAGCCAGUCACUGGAGGAGUGCCCUCCACUGCUGACCAGGAGGCACCGUCCGUACCCAAACAGAUACUGAAGCAGCAGCAGCAACAGCAGAACGGCUCGCCCAAGACCCAAAACAACCAAGUGAACAACAAGACCAAACAGCAACAGCAGCAGCAGCAGCACCAGCACAAGAAACAGCAGAAGGAGACGCUGACAGCCAAGGAACUGGCCCAGGCUUUGGAAAAACUGGCCGAGCAUCAGAACCAAACGAUUGGUGUCUCAGCCCUCAUGAAUGUCUUCUCCCGGGCCGAGCUGAAUCGCUCCGAGAUCCAGAUUUUGAUCGAUUAUCUGCUGAACAAGCAGCAGGAUAUGCCCGCCUCCCAUGCCGAGUGGUCGGAUGAUAUUUGCCAGAAAUUGAAGCGCCAGCUGGAGGAGAAGGAGAAGCUACUGGCCGAAGAGCAGGAGGCCUCCAUUGGCAUCCAGGCCAAGCUGCGUGAACUGCGCCAGGAGGUCAAUACGGAGCGCGCCCAAAUGCACGGUCGCAUUCAGGCCUACAACGAUAAGCUCCAGGCCAAGGAGCAGGAGGUGUCCGCCGUCAAUCAGGAGUUGUCCAGUCUCAACGACAAGCUGACCCUCGAACGCCAGCAAUUCCAGACCCUGCUGAGGGAAAAGCAGGCUAGUUCGCAGGAUCUAGUGCCGCAGUUGCAGCGCCUGCAACAGGAUCUGGCACACAAGGAGAAGUGCCUGGCCGACAUGACCGCCUUCGUGAGCGCCGAGACGCAGCAGAAGAACGAGCUGAUUCAGCAGCAGGCACAGCAACUGCUCGCCCUCGAGCAGCAGCGCGACGAGCUGGAGGUGCGCCAGAACAACAGUAUCUAUGAGCUGGAGGAGCGCAAGCACGUGGACGCGGAGAACGGCGAGCUAAAGGUGGAGUUGCGCAAUCUCCACAAUGCGUUGGAGUCGGCCAAAGCCGAUCUAGCGCAGGCCCAGUCGGAACUGAAGCACGUCCGGGGCGGAGAGCUGCAGGAGCUGCGCCAGCAGGCGGCCACUUUGGAGGCCAACAACCAGACACUCAACCAGCAGCUCAGCCAAGCCACAAGCAGCGCCGUACAGGCGACAGCCGCCCAGUCGGAGCAGGCCCAGUUCCAGUCCGAUGCUUUGGCCAAGAAGCAGCAGGAGCUGAGUGCGCUGCAGGCCCAGUACGGAUCGCUGACCGAGGCCCAGGACAAGCAGCAGCAGCACUCCAGCAGCCUGCAAUCUCAGGUGCUGGAACUGCAACAACGCGCCGAGCAGCUGGUGGCAAGGGAAAAACAGCUGCUGCAGGAGUUGCAGGAACAGCGCGAGAAGAAUAAUGACGUGCGUAUGAAAAAUUGGAAGUUGAUUGAAGCGUUGCAAAAUGCCGAAGCAACAGCAACCGCCACGGCAAAGACGAAAACAAAUACAAAGCAAUCCUUAGGCCAGCAACAGAAAGAUCUGCAACAGCAACAGAAGGAUCUGCAACAGCAAAAGCAAGAUCUGCAGCUGCAACAGCAACAGCAACAACAGCAAAAGUCCGUGGCGGCUGCUAAUGGGGGAAACUCCUCCGCAAAGAGCGAACAGCAACGCAUACGCGAUCUUUACCAGCGUCUCUACCCUGAAGCGGUGAAAGCGCAAGCGGCCAGCGCACUGCAGGCUUCCUUUGAUCAGUGGCUGGAGCAGGUCCUGGCCACACACAUCAAGCAGCAGCAGCUGGAGCUGGAGAGGAAGGCGGCUCAGAAUAGUAGUAAUAAGUCCACACAAUCAAACAAUAGUAGCAGUAGCAGCAACCACAAUAGUAGCAGCACCAGCAGCAUCCCCAACAAUAUUAGUAGCAAUAAUAGUAGUUCGAAUAGCAAAUCCUCCUCCUCCUCCGCCGCCUCCACUGCUGAGCAGCAGCAACAGCAGCUGGAGCUGCACAAACAGAACCUGCAGCUGCGGGAAACGAACGACAAGCUGACGCAGCUGGUCACCAAAACGACCAACACGCUGAUGGACUUGGAGGAGCGUGCACGGGAGCAGGACGAGCAUUGGCGUGGCAUUGUUAACCAGAAGGAGCAGCUGAUCACCAAGCUGCAACAGCAUGCCUCAAAUGGGGAGCAGGACAUUUAAUGUCGCGGAAGAGCAUUAGAUGGAGAAGUCCUACAACGACGAUAAAUGACAAGCGGACAACACACACGAGUUUGUCCAAACUUCCGUAACAACAGCAACAGCAAACCAUAAUUCUAACAAUUCUAUUAAGUUUAACGAGAGGAGUCUCCCACAGCAACAGCAACAGCAACCAUUUAACAUUUAAAGAAUAAAGAACUACGUACGGGAAUGCUUUAAGAACUUAUAACUAGAGCAACAAAAAAGUAAAAUUAAUAUAAAAACGACUUUUGUGCAAUGUUAAACGAGAUAUAAAAACAAAUCGAAGGAAUUCUAGAGCCCUCCCUCACAAGCAAACAACAAAAUCCAUUGCUGCUGCUCAAAGUGAGAAAAAUGUCUUUUUCUAAUUAUUAAUUAUUAUCAAUGAUUAUUUAACCAGAAGGCCGUAUGCGUAUAAUAUUUGUGUUGAACUUGCAUUUAAACAAAAAACACGCGCUAUAAACAAUUGUAUAUGUAUAUGUAUCUUAUGUUUAAGCAAAUGAAUUUACACAAAAACAAAAACUACUUAAAAGGCAAUUCUAUACAAAAUAAACCAAUUAUAUACUUAUAGUUAAAUAUCCUAAAUUUAUGUAUUGUAUGCAUGUAA